AUGGCCAACAAGCUUUGCGGCUACGAAUCUAUCGUUCUUUGCCAAGGCUAUACGCCCAUGUUUCGACGCUAUCGCAAGUUUCUUCACCAAGAGCUCGGUACAAAGGUCUCUGCAUCGCAGUUCCGCAACGUUCAGGAGUGCGAAGUAGGCCGACAAUUAGUGCGGUCCCUGGAGAGGCCUGAGAGUCUCCUAGAGCAUUACAAGACUACUGCCGCUGCCACCGUUCUCCAGAUGGCUUAUGGCUACACCAUCGAACCCCAUAAAUCGGACGCACUCGUAGAGCUCAUUGAAAAGAUGAUGACUGAGUUUUCUCUUGCCGCAAGUCCGAUGGCUUGGCUCGUAGAUAUCAUUCCUGUUCUUCAAUACCUUCCUGAAAGUUUCCCGGGUGCCUCUUUCAAAAAGACUGCCAGGGAAUGGCGUAAAUCCAUUCAAGCGUCGGCCUAUAUCCCACCCUCUUAUGUGUCAAAACUAUCCCAACAGCUGGCACAAGACGAAAAGGGCGGGUUAAGCAAAGAAGAUGAAAAGGCUGUCAUCUGGUCAGCGGCAAGUCUUUACGGCGCGGCUGCGGAUACAACUGUCAUCACUCUCAGCACUUUUGCGCUGGCCAUGCUAGAGUUCCCCGACGUUCAGCGCAAAGCACAGGCGGAGAUUGAUCAGGUGAUCGGCUCUGGCCGCCUUCCGACCUUCGAAGACCGCUCCAAAUUGCCGUAUGUGGAUGCUUUGGUCAAGGAGACUGCCAGGUGGUGGCCCAUUGUUCCCAUGAGCUUUCCUCAUACAACGACGGAGGAAUUUGAGUAUGAAGGGUAUCGAAUUCCCAAAGACGCUUUUGUUCUCCCGGCUGUUUGGUGGUUCCUUCACGACCCAAGUGUUUACGCCAACCCAGAAUCAUUCGAUCCUAACCGCUUUCUACCCCCACGGAAUGAAGCUGAUCCCACGACAGAGGUCUUUGGGUACGGCCGCAGGAUAUGCCCCGGACGUUUCUUUGCCGACUCAAGCCUCUUUAUCAAUGUGGCCCAAACACUCGCCGCUUUCACGAUCGCUAAGGCAUUAGAUAAGAAUGGCAAGGAAAUUGAGGUCGAG